CUCGCCGUCACCCUUCGUGUCGCGCCCCCUUCUAGAUCCCGCUCGUCGACCAGGGCAGUAUGGACCUGCGAAACGCUGGUAUACGAGAGGCCCGCCGCGUCAAGCGAGGAAAGCGCGUCAGCCUUCCAGCCGACAUCGGGCGCGCCCGCACCUUCGAUCUGCACGCCAUCGGCGCCGCGCUCGGCCAUCUCGUAGAGGAGAGCGCGUCACCCGCGCCGAUUCCGCCCUCGGUGUUCGACCGGGUGCCGACAGAGUUAUUGACGGAGAUCUUCCUCCGCUGCCGCAUUCCCGGGGCGGACGCGACGGACACACGUCAACCGCCGUGGACAAUAUCCCACGUGUGCUCGCGCUGGCGCGCCGCUGCUCUCGCCUGUCCCGUCCUUUGGCAGCACGUCCACGUGGACGCGCUCGCCUAUCUAGCGAUCUUCUACCACUAUCCGACCCUCUUGAGAACCUACCUCGCCCGCUCAGAGCCGCUUCCGCUGCACAUCACUCUCACACAGCCAAACGGACGCAUACACCCACGCGUGCGCACCGAAGAUCUUCGCGCCGAGCACGAGCG